AGUACAUAUAUUUCCCAUCAGACCCAAGGUGGAUACUACUGGUCAUGUUGCUCUCCAGUCUGACCAUGGCGAUGCCUGGGCUAAAUCCCUCAGUGAAAUAAAACCACUAAUUGUUCUGGAGUAAACACAGGGGUGUGUUAGAAUUCAUCCACAUGCAUACGUGGCUGCAGUCGAGCAUCGCCGACACGGACAAACAAACAAAGACUUUGUGCUGCAGCAGUCAGACAGUCAUGGCGAUCCUUUAUCACUUCUUGCUUAUUUCAUCUCUGGUGCCGUUGGUGCUCAACUACCCUUUCAUCCCACCCACCUGCUACAGCAAGGUACUGAACAUGGCACGAGACCUCACCCACUGGGCAGCUUAUCUGAAGAGGGCCCCGGAAACUACUUAUUGCAUGGCACACAUGCCAGACCUCCACCUUGAUAUCCAUAAUGGAUGUGUGAUGUACAAAAUGAGGACCUACAUCUCCCUGGUGGACGGCCUGAGAGAGCGCCGCUGCGCCUACACCAGAGAUGUGUGGAGGCUGGGAUCCAACCUGAGACAGCUCUUCAUCUUCAUGUCGGAGAAGUGCCAUGGGGUAAGAGACAGUGAGAGAAGGUGUCUGUACAGGUGUGCAUCACAAUCCAAACUGUAUCACGAAGAAAACUCUGGCUCAUGAGCUUCAGGAAACACACAUUGGUUUGAAAUAUACAUUAUAUAUAAUUAAACUGCUUGAUACUGUAAUUGACCAAUAUAUUGCCGUUACAAAACAAAUAAUCCAAGACAUACUGUAUGUGGAGAUUUGUUGUCAUAGAUUUUUGACACACAUGAACAACUUGAGUUUUCUGAACGAGUAUUGAUCCAUCUUGUCUAAUGGCGCCCCCCUCUGUUUCUGCAGGAGUUGGUGUUCACAAGCUUUGACUGUGCUGCUCUGGAACGACAUUAUUUUUUCUAACAUCACCUCUAUUAGAUCACUCUACUAUUAGAGAAAGA